AACAGUGCCAAAGGAAGAAAAUUCACGGGCUUUAAAGUGUUUUUGCCAGGUUCUCCGAGAAGAAUGAAGCUCGAUGAUUCGAGAAAUCGAGCAGAUGAAAGCUGAUGAUAACUGAAAGUUAGUGUUUACACAAGGAUUUCAUUAAUGAACGCCCGUCACACAAAUGAAUACAACACAGAUUAGAAACCUGUGGACCAUUAAAAUAAGGGGGAAACGAAUACUUAAUCUAUUUACUAACAUGUGCUGUUUAAGGUCACCCAUAGCGAGAACGAAUUCGAUUUAAUAUUGCCACUUGCCACAAGACGUUAGCUACCCGUUGUCCACAACAACGAUGAGGGCAAGCACGCGAAUCAUUUAGCAGGUCGCCGCUUAAGAUACAUCAAAGAACGGCAAAUGAAUGUUAUCGCUGCUGCAGUAACCGGGUUUCAGAUCGAUGAUAACGAACUCGGGAUGGCACAAGCCGAUGCAAUUUUCUAGAGAGAAUCGCCGCGAUACCGCAAGAAAACUUCCGCCAGGGGAAGAUCAUCAUCAAGCGGGAUUAAAACGAUAAAGAUCGCUAAACCUUGUGUAAACAUAAAUUGAAAAUUAAACAAUUUUAUACGCAGGGACAUGUUGACGAAUCGUGAUGAUGAGGCUUCCUUUUGGACUAAGGCUCAAUACUGCCUUUCGAAGAAACUUCAUACUUUCUCUUUUUCUAUGCAAUAUACCUGUGCUUUGCUAUGUCUACUAUAAACUCAAUUUGUUGAACUACGCUUGGUAUAACAGAGCACACAGGUCUGUUCUUCACUGCAACACUGCGACCGCAGAUAUGGCGGCUUUGAUAACACUUUCAAAGGACCUACAUGAUGCUUUAAACGCGCUGAACGUCACACAUUGGCUCGCAUACGGAAGUCUUUGGGGAGCAUUGCGGUACAACGCGCCUCUUCCAUGGGACACUGAUUUGGACUUCGGGGUUUUAAGGAACGAUUUGGAGCAUUUACCGUGGGACAAACUGGAAGUGAGUCUCGCAGGGAAGGGGAUGGAUAUCCGUUACUCGUCAUGGGGUGGCUUCUAUCGCGUCACGAUGGGCAAUGCGCGCGCAGAUCUUAUGAUAUUCGAUGCGUUUGCCAACAGCGGAUACCUGGAGAGGGUUGGCGUGGAAUCGUACGUCUUUUUCAUCAAUUACAAGAAGAUGCACGCGUUCCCCUCGGAGCUCGUUCAUAAGCCACUUCCAACGAUGCCGUUCGCGGGCAUCGCUAUGCCAGUGCCUCACGAUGGCUUGGAAAUGCAGAAAUAUCAUUACCCGUAUGACUGGUGGAAAGAGAGCAAGCCCGUGGGAUGCUGAUAGAGUAUACCGCGAAUGAACCUUGUGAGCGAUGUGAUUUAGAGAUUCAGAGACUUAAGACUUCGAAGAAGACUUGUAAGGCCCGUUUACACUUCUUCUUUUUAUAGAUGUGAACGAGUGAAUUAAUUACUGAUGUUUAAA